GAGCUCACUCUCCCCCGUCCUUCCCACUUGACUCUCCCCGCCAGCUACUGGACCAACCAACAAAUACCUCCAGGCUCCGGUCUGCCUCUCCCAUGGAUUGGAGGCUGGAGGCCUGAAGGGUAGGUAGGUCGGCGGACAGGGACGGGGAGACGGCGAGAGGUGUUCCGCCGGAGCCGUUCGCGUGCUUCCUCCACGGCCGGCCGACGCGCGGCGCCGCUGUUUCAGGUUCCAGAAUUUCCAGUAUUGGCCGCUUUAGGAUACUAUGGGAAAGUCCCCGGGGAAGUGGAUCAAGUCUGUGCUUUUAGGGAAGAAAUCAACUAAAUCCGGUUCUACCAAGGCAAAUGAGUCGAAGGUUACAAAUAAUAACGGUCACUCAGCUGGGGAGGAGCGUGCAUUUUCUGAGAAUUCUCCAGUGAUCUCUGAGCCUGUGCUUGUUAAAGCCCACAAAAAUGGAGCUGUUUCAGUUAAUGGGAAGGCUGAAAAUGUCAAUUUGCCAAGUGAUUGGGCUGGCCAACAAGAUCCGCAGAACCAAAGCAUUGUUGAUAAGUCCGAGACAUCAGUUCCUGGGCAAUUGGGAGAAGACCAAGCUGCAGUGAAGGCACAGGCAGCCUUUCGUGGUUACCUGGCACGAAGGUCAUUCCGUGCAUUGAAAGGUAUCAUAAGACUUCAGGCACUGAUUCGAGGGCAUCUUGUAAGGAGACAGGCUGUUUCAACCCUUCGAACUACUUGGUUGAUUGUGAAGUUUCAGUCUCUAUUUCGUGGAAGAAAGUUUAGGCUCUCUGAUGCUGACAUGCAAUUCAAUGUGAAGCUUGGCCAACAUAACCUUGGAGGUGCUAGAUCAUCUGAUGCAUGGAAAGAGAAGUUAUCUUCAAAUGCCUAUGUUCGGAAGCUUCUGUCUUCACCAAUUGUGCUAGAACCUCUUCACUUCCAGUAUGACAAGAGGGACCCCAAUUCAACCUACAACUGGCUAGAGAGAUGGACCAUAGGCUGCAUCUGGAAGCCUGUUUUUCAACCAAAAAGAGUUUCUGAUGGGAAACUGCUGGUAAGGAAGGCUAGUUAUGCGAUGGAAACUGAAUCAGCCAAGUUAAAGCGCAACAGUAGGAAGGGCUCUGCUGUUACAGUUGAGAGUUUCCAUACAAGCGUGACAGGUGAAUCUGAGAAACUUAAACGUAAUCCAAAGAAAUUAUCUAACUUCCCUGCUGAUUCAGUACCAGAUAGCCAGUUAUCUGAACUAGAGAAGGUUAAAAGGAACCUCAGGAAGGUAACUGAUUCCAUGGCUGAAGCCUCAAAGAUCUCUAGUUCCAGGGUUGAUUCCUCAAAGGUAUCUGAUUCUACACCUGAUGCUCCAAAAGUAUCUAAUCCUGUGGCCGAAAUCUCAAAGACAUCUAGUCUCCUGAAUGGGAUCUCUGACAAUCAAGACAGCCAAUGUGAAAAGGCACUACAGAAUACACGUGAGGCUUCAUUUCCUCUUGAAACUCAAGAUUACUCUGGCAAUGGUCAGCUAUUGGAAUAUUCAGAUAUGGAUAACUUUGACUUGGUACCUGGUUUGAAAAGUGAUCUGGAAACUCAGCUUGAUUCAAUUUCUAUAGGAGAAAAUGUUGAUGAGUCCACUGUUGCUGCUUCAGCAGUUGAAGUUAUGCCGCUGCAGAACAUUGAUGAGCCCAAUGGUUUACGGAAGAAAGAGGAAGCAAGGUCCAAGGAAGAGCAUCUGUCUAAUGGAAGCCUUAGAACUAGCAAGAGAAAGUCUUCAUCCCCAAGCAAAUCAGAAUAUGUGGAAAACGGGACUCGCGCUACUCCUGUUCAGCCAAGGAAGCCAAGCUAUAUGGCUGCAACAGAGUCCGCGAAGGCGAAAUUGCGGGCACAGAAUUCACCCAGGCUGGAUUCUGAUUCAUCAGCAGAAAAGAAUGGCUUCACUCGACGCCACUCUCUUCCUUCCGGUGCAAACAGUAGGGCGAUCAAAGCUGAAUGGAAGCGCUGAAGCGGGGACCAAUAAUUGACUGGAAUUGAAUAGUGCGAUGCUCUGAAGUCUGAACCUCAGCUGGAUGAACUCUGCCGCUGCUUGCUCCUUUUUUAUUUAUCCUGCGAUGUAAAGAGAGACGUUGUCCCUGUAUUGAACAACCUUUUGUGAUGAGUGCCUCUGGUUCAGUCUGUUGUAGGUUCAUGUGCCACGCCUAGUGCCUCAUGUCAUUGUAUAGUCACUGUUCUUUCGGGAUUGAAAUCGAUUCCUCGUCCGCUGAUGUUAGGACUGCAUUGAUCGAAUAAAUUCAUCCGGUUGCACAC